UGUUUAGUUCAAAAAUCUUUUUAUUAUUUUCUAGUUAUUCAAUUGAUUUUAAUUUCUAUUUUUGAAAUGUUCAACAUUUUAAAGAAAAUUGCCCAAACUAAAUUUCUUCCAAAAGUCUUCAAUUCUUUUGCCAUGGCUUACGAUGUCAAUAUGCUCGUUCGCCCGAACGUCCUUGGUGGUCUUGCUGGUCUUUCUACAAAGAACAAUUUUUUGCUUUUUGCCGAUGCAAAUCCAACACCAGCGUCGAAUGGGGGCACUUCUGUUCGAUACGGCUAUCCUUAUUUGGACAAGGGACACACUCCUGUAGUUCAAUGGGCGCCGGUCAUCUCUGCUUGGUCUUCUUUAGUUGGCAUCGUGGUUUGCUGUUUGGUUGUUUUUUUGUCGGCUGCUAUCUUCUUUUUAAAAACAAUGGAUAAGAUCGCUAACCAGCAGGACGAAAUGAAGUACGAUAUGAAGGAGGGCAUGAAGAAGAUUGAUAAUAUUGAGAAAAUGCUGAAAACGAAAUUAUAAAUGACUAUAGAAAUUGCAUU